UACUGCGCAAGGUAUUCGCUGCGAGGAGCACUCGAGUUUCAUUGUAUCAUGAAAUCAUAUAGGCCAAAGCGAAACAAAAGUCAUUACGUCACAGAAAUCGUUUCCUGGCUCGGGUUCGCAGACGUUAUUUUUCGGCGGAGACAAAGCGACGUCUGCGUUCGCAGGCUAGCUAGUGCCCGCCUCUGUUCGCAGCUCUGUCACGUUACGCUAGCGUGACAGAGCAACCGCGAGCUAAAUCGCAGGCUCGGAGAACGGAUAAGAAAACGCUCAGAAACUGAUACGAGCUGAUACGCGGAAUUGAGCAACACUUAACUUUUUUCCCCGAAACUGUCCCGUCGCAUUUAUGAAUCUCGUCAACAUUGGAUACUUUCAGUAUGCUGUUAGAAUCGACGGCUGUCUUCAAUAUUUCUAGUACACCAACUCAAGGAUUCGAAGAUGAAGCGAACGCGGUCAUCAACAGAGUUCUUACAACCAUAUCUGCGAGUCUUUCAUUGUUAGGGACUUCUUUCAUCAUCGGUACAUUUAUUGCAUGGAAGGAUUUUAGAUCGACUUCAAGAAGAAUACUGGUUUACAUCUCGAUCGGUGACUUCUUUAUCGCUGGGGGAAAUUUAUUUGGCGUGUGGCGACGAAGAGAUGACUCCACCGUGUGUAAAUCGCAAAGUUUUGUUACAACUUGCGCUUCACUUUGGUCGUUUUUCUGGACAACAUUCCUCGCGAUAUUUAUGUACACUGUUGUGGUGAAAAAGCAGGCCAACAAAGCUGGGACAAUGCUUAAAUUUUACCAUAUUAUCGGCUGGGGAGUUCCACUGAUUAUCACAGGUACUGCUCUAGGAUUGGGAAAGUUGGGCAAUGACAACGACGUGUACAGCGCGGGUUGGUGCUGGAUUGACUCAAGAUUGUCAAAAAGCGAUAAGUAUCUGUGGAUGUUGAUUUCAGGAAAAGCUUGGGAAGUCACUGCUUUUUGUGUUAGUUCAACUUUUUAUCUGAUGUUAAAGUACCAUAUUCGAAAAGAGCAGUUUACAUCUGCACAAUCAAAGGAAUAUGCCCUGAAAGCAGAGAAAAGACUGACGCUGGUUCCUGUCAUAUUUGUUCUGGUUCGCAUAUGGGGAACUCUUCGCUUCAUCAUUUACAUUGCAGGAGGACUUGAUGACUCUAACGCAGCAUGGGAGAAAGCCCUUUUGUAUCUCCAGGGAAUGGGUGACAGUAGCCAAGGCUUUGCCAACUUCUUGCUGUUUUGUCUUUUCACUGAAAAAUUCCGAACUCAUCUACAAAGGGCUACCUGUGGCUUCCUCCAGCAAUGCAAGAAACAACCAAGCUCUACACCACCAUCAUCGUCUGAAGAAACACGCUCACAUCAGCAAACAGUGAUCAAUGAAAAUACUAACCUUCUAGGAAGAGUGUGAAUCCUUGAAACGUUCUACUCUCUUCAACACACAAUGACCUUAGCUUUGAUAAAGCUGAUCCUAUCAGCAGGCCCUUUGCAGCUGGGGUCACGUGACCAAAUUUUUCCUUAAGAAAUAUAUUAUAGGCUAAUUAACUUAAAGAAUGCCAGAAAUGGAAAGAACCUAUCAAAAAUACCAGAAUGGCCAAGUUUGAGGCCCCUGGCAUUAGAGAGUAAAUUUUUAUGACAGUGUCAAGUUUCGGGAAAUUCAGAGGAUAUCUAUGGAAAAUGUUGCCUGAGAGCAAGGUCUAUGCUCUCCAACAAGUUUUUCCAUACAAAUGUUCUUUAUUUUGUAAAAAUUCAAACCAUCAUAAAAUCUCAUUCUUUAAUGCCAGGGGCCUCAA